AUGGUCGACAAGCUGUACCUCGACGGAAGGUUCAGUCUAGCGCCGUCGCUUUUCUCCCAGAUCGCAUACGCAUUGCUACCAAACAAAACGGCUGAAACGUACACGAGGACGCUGUCCCUCCUCAAGGACGCAUGGCCGGCUCUGGAUCCUUCUUCCGUCGUCAUGGACUUCAAGAGAGCCGUGAUGAAUGCAGUGAGAAGCGUUUUCUCGCCUGACAUCAGGAUCGAUGGAUGCUUCUUCCAUUUAGUGAAGAACAUCAAGCUGAGGGUGGCAGGAGAGGGGCUCAUGAGCCGGUACAGUAAUGACGAUGAGUUCGCCCUCGAAACGAGGAUGUUUGCGGCGUUAGCUUUCGUGCCACCGGCAUAG